CGGCUUGAAAAAUCGCCAAUAGAGCGUCGGUGUGGCAGUAGGGGCAGGGUCAAGCUCCGAGAGGGGGCGGGAUCUCAGGCGUUGGCUGCCGAGGGCGGAGGCGGCGACUUGGCCCCGGGCGCUGUUUCUGGUGGGAACUGCUACUUGGAAGCAUGUGUCCCUGGAUGGUGCUCUGGAUCCUUUAGCACCUCCAUAGUGCUGUCUUGGAUACAUUUGGUUUGGGAUACCAGCAGGUGGAACAUUGCUGGCUGUGAACAUGACCAAGAUCUUAGUAGCCAAAGUGCUGUGCCUGGUGGGGGUGUUUAUCCUCAUGCUACUUGGCUCCAUCCUGCCUGUGAAGAUCAUCGAGGCUGAUUAUGAAAAAGCCCAUCGCUCCAAGAAAGUCCUCUCACUCUGCAAUUCUUUCGGAGGUGGUGUUUUCUUGGCUACCUGUUUCAAUGCCUUGCUCCCUGCCGUGAGAGAAAAGCUCCAAGAAGUUCUGAAACUUGGGAACAUCACCACAGACUAUCCCUUAGCAGAGACCAUUAUGCUCCUGGGGUUCUUCAUGACUGUCUUUGUGGAGCAGGUCAUUUUGACCUUCAGAAAGGAGAAGCCCUCAUUCAUUGACCUAGAGACCUUCAAUGCAGGCUCUGAUGUGGGAAGUGACUCAGAGUAUGAGAGCCCCUUUAUUGGAAACUCCCGUGGACACAACUUUUACCCAGAGCAUGGUCAUCACUCCCAUGGUCAUGGCUUAAAUGUUCAAGAGCUCUCCCGCUCCAGCCCACUGCGUCUCUUCAGCCUCGUCUUUGCUCUGUCUGCUCAUUCUAUCUUUGAGGGUUUGGCCUUGGGCCUACAGGAAGAGGGGGACAAAGUCAUGAGCUUGUUUGUUGGUGUGGCCAUUCAUGAGACAUUAGUGGCUGUGGCUCUGGGGAUCAACAUGGCAAAGAGUUCAUUGCCAAUGAAAGAUGCGGCCAAGCUGGCUGUCACAGUGAGCUUGAUGAUCCCUCUGGGCAUUGGGAUUGGUGUGGGCAUUGAGAGGACCAAAGGGGUGGCCAGCAGUGUGGCCUCGGUGCUGCUACAGGGCUUUGCAGGAGGAACUUUCCUCUUUGUGACCUUCUUUGAGAUUCUGGUGAAAGAAUUAGAAGACAAGAAUGACCGUCUUUUGAAAGUUCUCUUUUUGGUAUUGGGCUAUGCGGUCCUUGCAGGACUAGUCUUCUUCAAGUGGUAGGUGCAAUGAGACAAGUUUCACUAAAACACUCCAGCCUUUCCAUGGAGACUCCAGGAAGGCAGAGCCCAAACCUGAUGGAUGCCCCCCUCUCUCUCCCCAUCUACCAGCCCGCAAAGAAGAAGAACUGCCACCCCUGAGCAGCUUGUACAGAAGAUGGAAUGUUUCCCCAGAUACAUUGCUCAGUGGUCCCUGCCCGUUGGGCCUUCAGGUGGUGCUGAGCAUCUGGGCUAUCUUGUGUGUACUUAGAAGCUAGAGCUCCGCAUCUGGAGGAGAUCGAUGGCCUGCCAGAUAGUUUCUUGUUGGUUGUAAUAUUACCCUCCAACAUACAUACAUAUAUAUAUAUCUAUAUCUCAUUUGUGUGUGAUACUAUUUACUUUUGGUGAAAAGCAGCGUGACCUCAUAACUGAAGAACACAAAAGGGACAAGAGACACAAACUGAAGUGGAAGCUGGGGAACAGAUAUGUUCAGCUUCUUUAGUUUCCUUCAUGUUUUGCCUCUAGUUCUUGGGAAAACACCAUUCAAUGAUUAACAUAGCUUUUAUACAUGUUCUCUUUCUCCACCCCCUCUUCCUUUUCUCUCUCCCUUUAUUUCUCUUUCUCUUUCCCUAACUCUCCUGUUUUCUCAUUCUGUCCCUCCCUCCUCCUUCCCUCUGCAUUCCUCUCCUAAGAAUCAGCUUCAUUAAUACAUAGACAUUCUAGGUCUUUUAGUCUGACUUGGACUCAUUCCCUCAGAAGUCUUCCUCUGCCUCUGUUUCACUAUGCUCUGACCAUCCUGGCCUAGGUGGUCCAGGAAGAACAUUGCUGGUAAGGUUUAGGUAGAAAAUCCCAAUAGUACAGGUUAUCAGAAGUGCAUUAGGGUUGCUGCUUGGAUACUUUGCUCACAAGUGGUCAUUUGUGAUUUCUAAAAGCAACCAAUUUAAGGUCAGUUACCGGCAAUCAGAUGGAGCAUGCUCUCCUUGCUAAGGUUAUGUGCUUACUACUGAUAGGAAAGGGGGGAGAGGAUGUUGUACACAUUCUCCUUCCUGUCCUAAAUUGUCAUUUUUUGAACAACCAUUGUAUUUUUUCCUGUUUCAUGCUCUCUUGCUAAUUUUACAGGAAUUUCCCUUACUGCUGGUGACUCGGGGCCAAUGGCUUAUUCCAGUCAGGCAGGAGACAUUGAUGAGAUCCGUGGGGGGCACAGCCACAUAGUAGGUUGUCACCUGGUUUUGUCACAGUGGCACAGCUUGCCCAAGCAACACAUUUCAGAGGCACCCAAGAAAAUGAAAAGGAAGGAAGGUUUUGUGCUCCUCAGAUACUGUCAGAAAAUGACUUGGAUAUCCUUACCAACUGAGAAUCAGAAUCAGUAAAUGUCUGUGUACUUUUGGUUUUAAUUGAAGAUCUGAGUUAAUUCAUCUUUGUUGGUAUGAAUUGACUUGGAAGCUGUGAUUGACACAGCUUCCAGAAAGCUGAUUAGAAAGUGGCACAGUCUGGCAGUUCUGACCCUGCAGCCUGUUUCAUUUCCUUCAUAUUUUGCCUCCUUAGUUCUUGGGAUCAGCCUGUUCCUUCACUCCACAGAUAUCAUACAAACAAACACAUCACAGCCCCCAAACUACAAAUUACAUCUACCUCCUCAGAGGCCAAAAGGGCCUGGGAAGUAAGUUGAAAUAGGUUUGGGAUUUUCCUACUUCAAGCUUUUAGAGCUGCUCUUUGUUAAUUUGCUACCCUGAAACAAAGAAGCCAGUAAGAAAAACCCAUUCCUGAGAGGCCCUGGCCUGCUUGACUCCUAGUGAUGUAAUUUUCAGGACCAAACUUUGCCUUUCAUGUCUAGUUCAAUAGAUAGGGCCCUGGGCUAGGAGUCAGAAGCUUAGACACUGCCAGCAGCUUGCUACGGGACCCUUUAGCAAGUUACUUCCCCUCUUUGCACAUCCUAAUCUGUAAAAAGAGGCAGAUGGACUAAAUAAACUGCUCAUUUUACCCUCAUUAGACCCUUCCAAGUCUGAUAUUCUAUAUUCCUCAUUCCAACUUUCCCCUUAGUCUUUGACAUUCAAAAUCUUUAAUCUCAUUAAGCUCUGACAGUCUACAUGCUGUAUAUUAAGGUAACUUAAAAUCUAGUCCCUUAAAUCAGUUCUAUUCCCAUCCUCAUUAGCUGUCAGCACCAGUAAAAACUACUCAGCCAGUAUUUAUUCACCUCAUCUUGUGGGAGUCAAUGGGGAAGGAAGUGAAACAGGCUGCAGCAAUGCUAUACCUCCAGCCCCUGGAGAAGAAAGAUGCCCCUUCUUGUGGAGAUCUUCCACGCCAUAGGAUCUAGGCACUUCCUUUUGGGUAUCUUUGUUUUACCUACAUUGUAUUGUCAUACCACCCCUCCCUCUUCGAUACCCCAUUCCCUCAGCAGAUGAUGAGAAGGCAGAGCUGGGAAGAUGUGAUUUCAGUUCCCAGCCCAAUUUGUCAGCAAUGGUGCAUGCAUGUUAAUUCUCUUUCCCCGCCCCUGACUCCAACUCCUAUCUUUCACAUGCUCCUGAGUUCAGUGCUUGGUUUGCAGUUAUUAUAAUGGGUCAGGGUUUGUGCCAAUCUAGACUAGUUACUGGAGCUAUUUCCAGGAUGUAAAUAGAGCUCUCCAGUCCCAGAACUGCUUAGUACCAGUCCCAGGUCAGUUAGACUUAAACAGGCUUAAGCCCCAAGGAGAAAAUGACCCUUGGAGCAAGUGGCUUUUUGGAUUUCCUCUCUUGCUUCCUUCCUUUUUGUUCCCCUUCUGUAACUAUCACAAAAGAGCCUGUGAAUUUAGGGAGUUGUUGACUUUUGAAGCUCUUUUGGUCAUUGUAAAUAUUCUAGAGCUCAUUAGUGGUUCCUCUCCACAUUUAGAGGGCAGCUGUAAAUAAGUAUUUAUAUGAACUGUCCUCUUGACUGUUAUUCCUUAUAACUUUGCUCCUAAAUUUGCUCCAGAAUUGAUGUUUGAUAUGACAAGAAUAUAGUGGUUUUGUGUUCAGAUGAUGUUUUGAUGUUUUUGUUGGACAUUAUUCUGUAGAGACAGCUCUGCUAACUACAUGUCUGGAGCAUCCUUGUUUCAGAUGUCAAGAGGAGGAUAUAGGCUCCCUUCUUUAUUCUUAAAUGAGUAAAGCACAGUGUAGCCUUUGAGUAUUUAUUAUGCUCUUUGAACUCCCAUCAGAGGAUGCUCUUUGACACCUUUGAGCAGUCUCCAUGUCACUGAGUGAAUUUUUCUGCCAGUGGCUUUAAAUGAAAGAUUCAGAGGGCCAGUUGGAGGCAGUUGAAUGGGGAGUAGCUGAAUGUUGGUUUAGUUUUUUUGUUGAAGUGGGUGACAGGGAAGAGGGUGAGGCUCUUCUAGUUGGCAAAAGAUUGGAAGUUGCCUUAAGGAAUCUAGCCACAGAAAUUCAGGGUUUUUUUGUGAGAAGCCACUUGUGCAGUUGUAGCAUUAAAUAGGCAAGGAAGCCAAGCAAGAAUUCUGUGAAUGGGUUUUUCAGGAUUCUUAAGAGCUUCUUAGAGAAACAAGUUUCCCUAGUCCAGAUGUAUUUGUUCUUUAGCCUAUUAGGCCCAGUAUUAACCUGCCUUGGUGGCACUUUUCUGCUUUUCCCUACUGGAUCAGAGACUUAGAAGAUACUGUAUUCACCCUCUGGAGGAGUGAGCCACAUGGUCCAGAGAUUCGCCUCCUGCUUUCCUCAGUACAGUUGCUGAGCUGUUGUCAAGUCUCUGGGGUGUAGGGGAGGCACCUUGGGACUGCCAGGAAGCUUGUUUACCCUGCAGGGAAGCUCACCUUCCCUGCAGUUGGCCUAUUUACCACAUGGUCCAUCUGAAUCAGCACAGACAACUUCUCCAGCAGAGCUGGCCCAGGUUCCUUCCUGGUGCUUUUGCUGUUCUGAUCAGUUCUGAUUGGAAACACCUAGGCCUAGCACCAGAUUCUGCAUCCUCCUCCCUUAGCCUGACAGCUGUGGAGUGGAGAUUUGGGUAACAUAUAAAGACACUUUACUUUUCUGGACUUCAUCUGUAAAACAAGAGAUGUUGGAUUAGAUGAUCUCUAAAGUCCUUUCCAGCCCUAAAAUUUUAUUCAGAUUCUGUAAUUCUCUGCUUUCUUUGCUGUACAUACUAAACAGUGAAUAUUAAGUUCUUUCGUGCACCAAAUUACACAUUUGUAUUUAUAUGUGGUCUGAACAUAUGUGUGUGGAUGCAUGUGCCCUUGUCCCCACAAACAGAGCCUCCUCAGUACUGGAAUGAUGUGUUUAAUUUAACCAGCUGUGAACAGACUAGCAGCUAUUCAUACCUGCAAGCUCUUCCCUCCCCUCUGCCGAAUCCAGCACUCUUCCAUUUCCCAUUGUCUCUCUCUUGUAUUCUCCUUUCUCCAGGGGCUCACGUGAAACAAAGAACCAUGCCGAUGGAACCACUGAUGGGUGUUUAGAUUGGUUUCCUUUUAAAAAUGUGAAAGGAAGAAGUGGUAGGAGAUCUGUGUCCUUUCUUAAUGAGUUCAAAUACUCUCAGUCUUGCCCUGAUGGCCUCCUUCCUUGUGCUCUACUUAAAAGGAGACAUUACAUCUGACUGAUAGCUCCUAUGAUCCACCAGCAACAUUACUCCCAUCCAUGCUUCUGCCUAGAGGAGAAUGUCUAGAGCUGUUUGCCUCUGGAUGGCUGGCACCUGUUAUGAAUCCUGGUUUAUUUGAGAGGCAACAUAGUAUUAUAAAAGAGAUUACACUGGGUACCUCUAAACCUGGUUUUCCUGUUUUGUUUUGUUUUUUUGGCUCUGCCACUUAAUAGUCCCAAGGCCUUAGGGGAUCAUUUAAACCACAGAAAGAGCAUCAGUUCACGAUCCAGUUUUGCUACCUACCAAUGUUGGGACAUUGGGCAAAUCAUUUACUUUACUAGGUUUCAAUUUCUUCAUAUGUAAAUUGACUUGAUCUGUAAGAUCCAAUUCUAAAUAUACUGACCCUCUUCUUUAAAAUAGUACCUGAAAUGUAUGUAUUUUGAGGUUUCAGAGUGCUUUCCUCAUCAUAACCUUAAAAGGCAGGUGAGGCAGUUAACCUCAUUUUAUAAAAGAGGAACUAGAGGGUCAGAGAGUUUGCUCAUGGUUAACUAGUAAGCAUUACAGCUCAGCUUCAAACUCACUUUUUCAGAUUCUAAAUUCAAAUAAAUUCAGUUUAACAAAUAUUAAUUACCUUCCAACUAUGUGCAAGCAAUUAUGCCACUAAAACAAAGGAGUUGGACUAGAUGAACUUUAAGAUUGCUCUCAAUUGGGGGCAGCUAGGUAGCUCAAUGGACUGAAAACCAGGCCUAGAGAUAGGAGUAUCUAUGUUCAAAUGUGGCCUCAGAUAUGACCCUGGGCAAGUCACUUAACCUCCAUUGUGUAGCCCUUACCACUCUUUUGUCUUGGAGUCAGUACACAGUAUUGAUUCUAAGAUGGAAGGCAAGGGUUUUAAAAAAAAGAUUGCUUUCAGUUUUGAAGGUUUAAAAAUGUUUAUAUUAACUAAUGAUCAGAAUUUAAAAGUAUUCCUAUUCCCUGGUCCAAGUUUUGUGUUUAGAUCCCUUCCCUCUCUGUUGCCUAGGAAAUCUCUGUAACCACAUUAGGGAUGAAAAGCAGAAUGGGAUCAGAACCUUGUUUAACUGGAACUGCAGUUUAGAUCUCCUUAAAGUAAUGGGAUGAACCUUUGAACAAGAACAGGAAUAUUCCUUGAAACCAAGAGUGUCUGGGCCAGGCAGGCCUUAAGCACACAGCUAUAGGAGACAAGGCCUGACAUGGAGCAGAGUUGACUGGGAAGAAGCAGCAGUCUUCUAUUAUUUUAAAUAGCUCCCUUAAAAUGAAAUAGCCCAACAGAAGCAGAAAUGUCUGUUUUUCCAUUUUUUUCAGAAGUUUCUAGAAAAGAGAGAGGUCUUGAAGCAGAACAUCGUGUGGGGACUACAAACCCCCUUGUAAGAGAGUAGGUGCAUGGGUAGGACAGACUUUGACAUUUUUUUGACUCACAGGGUAUGGGGGUUCCCUCUUCUUGACCUGACCAAAUGGAAAUGAGAAACGUAAGAACACUAGGUAUCCAGAGACUUCCAUGAAUGCCCAGCUAUCACUUCAUUUGGCAGUAAUUCAAUAAACAUCAAGUAUCCAUUGUGUCCCGAGUAACAUACUGUUGGGCAGUAUACAAGUUUUGGAUAAGAUAUCCCUGCCAUCAUGGAAUUUACAAUCUAGCAAGGGAAUCAGACAGAUGCACAAAUAGCAUUAGGAAGCCCUGGGCUUAUAGAACACACUCGGCAUUAAGGGAAGUACAGAAUUCAGAUAACUACUGUCUGGGCUGUUUUCUAAGUCACUUACAGGUGCAGAAGAGAAUUAUGGCCAUAGAAGGACCAUGAAGGGAGUAGAAAUUGUACUAACUGGUGAGCCCCAAAGGCUUCCUCGAGGAGCUGACACUGGAAUAGGGCUUUACAACAAGAAAAAAGGAGAGUUGGACAAGGUAGCCCCAGGACACAGUGGGAGCAAAGCACAAGAAGUAUUUAUAGGAUGCAGGGUAGUAUGGUUUUAGUGGAGAGUAGAGUGGGUAGAGGAGACUAAUGAGUGAACUGGGAAGGUAGAGGUAGCACCCUAAGUAGGUGCCCUAAUGAGGGACAGAGGCAGGGUUCAAACGAGGGUCCUCCCUUUGUCCACGCUUUCCGGAGGGCCCUGCUGCUUCCAAGUGGAUUAUUGUUCUCUGCUACCUUUUGAGAACAGAGAAGGAAAUAGAAAACCACUCUAGUGUCUUUGUCAAGAAAACCCCACAGACAGCAUGGGCCAUGGGGUUGUGAGGAGUUGGACAUGACUGAACAACCACCAUUAAGAAUCCCUUGAGAAAGAAAUACUAAGAGGUAUUCCUUUCCAGAAUAUUCCCAUGUAUAUCUGAGAGGAAAUCGGUUUCAUUUCUUUCAAAGUCCACCUUAAGACAUUAGGGGUCUGCCCCUGCCCACUGCCUGGGCAAACAAUUCUUUGUCCUUUCCCUUUCCAUUAUUGCAACUGUUUAGAAAGAGAGCUCCUUUUAUGGGAGUUUGUUUUGCUUGACUAAGCAUAUUUGUCAUGUUUCUGCUACUAGGAAGAUAGGUGGUAAAGGGCAAAUAAUUUUUUUAGGUAUUUUAUUUUUUUCCCCAAUUACAUGUAAAAACAAUUUCCAACAUUUUUCUUUCUUUCUUUCUUUUUUUUAAAAUCCUUACCUUCCGUCUUGGAGUCAAUACUGUGUAUUGGCUCCAAGGCAGAAGAGUGGUAAGGGCUAGGCAAUGGGGUCAAGUGACUUGCCCAGGGUCACACAGCUGGGAAGUGGCUGAGGCCAGAUUUGAACCUAGGACCUCCCAUCUCUAGGCCUGGCUCUCAAUCCACUGAGCUACCCAGCUGCCUCCUCCAACAUUUUUCAAAGAAUACUGUGUCUUGAAUUCUCUCCCUCCCUCCAUCUCUCCUAACCCUCAACUCCUUUUGAGAUGGGAAGCAAUCUUAUAUAGAUUUUACAUGUGCAAUCAUGUAAAAUAUUUUUUCAUAUUAAUCUGUGGGGCAAAGAAGUUUGGGGGAACUCCUGAAGAUUUGGGGUUAGAAUAAUUAAUAUGAGCACAUCUAUGGAUUUAGCCUAACACUGAUAUGAAUUACAGGGCAAAGACAGUAGAGACAGGAAGAUGUUAGGAGACUUGGCAUGUUCCUCCUCUGCCACCCCCUGGCUGUGUGACUGACCAUAGGCAAUCUUGCAAUUUCUCAAAGCCCCAGAGACCUCUUUACGUGUAAAAUGGAGUUAAUCAAACAUGUAACCAGGUAGUGCAGAAGGCUCACCACUCAACUGGGAGUCAGGAACACCUGAUUUCAAAAGCAAUCUCAGACACAUAAUAGCUGUGUGACUCUGGACAUUGUCACUUCGCCUUCAUCUGCCUCAAUUUCCUCAUCAAUAAAAUGAGGAUAAUAAUAGCCCCCAUCAGGGUUGUGAGGUUCAAAUGUAACCCUGUUUAUCAAGUGUUUAGCAACCCUUUAAAAAGAACUGUUUAAAUGCUAGCUAAAAUUAAAAAGAAUAAUACUUGCACUUUAUCUAUUUCCCAGAGUUGGGAAAACAGGAUUCUGUAAAAAUAGAGCUCUAUAUUAGUACGGACUAUUAAUAUUACAUCUCUGACUUCUAAAGUGACAAAAUGUAGUGGACUUUGAGGCCUGACCUUGGCCAGCCUUCACAUGGGUUUCUUAAAACCAAUCAGCAAACUUUUUUUUUUUUUAAGCCCUUACCUUCUGUCUAAUAUGCAUACUUCUAGGGUAGAAGAACAGCAAAGACCAGGCAAUUAGGGUUAAGUGAUUUGCCCAAGGUCACACACCUUGGAAAUAUCUAAGGCCACAUUUGAAUCCAGAUCCUCCUAAUUCCAGGCCUUGCACUUUAUCCACUGUGUUACUUAGCUGCCCCUUAGCAAGAAGUUUUUAAAGUGCCUGCUCUAUUUUAGUUUCCUUACCUGUAAGAUAGAUGAAAUGGGGUGGGCAUGGAGGUGGGCUUGGUCUCCCUGUCCUCUGAGAUCUUUUCAUUACUAAAUCUCUGAGCUUUUGUGUGAAGUACUAUGUUUGGUGCUGAGAUACAAAGGAAUGAAGCAGCUCCUGCCCCCAGGGAGACUAGUUUUGUUAUAAAUUUUUAAAAAUUAAUCUUUUUCAGUAGACAAUUCUACCCUCACCCUUAUCCUUUCCACCUCCUGGCCCACACUUCAAAGAAAAAGAAAACCCUUGAGACAAAUACAAUUGGUCAAGCAGAACUAACUCCCAUAUGAGGAGCUCACUUUCUAAACAGAGAUGGAAUGGCAACAAUGAGGAGAAAGGGCAAAGAAUUGUUUGCCCAGGCACUGGGCAGGGGCAGACCUCUGGUGCCUAAGAUAGACACCGAGGAGAUGAGACCAGUCUCCUCUCAGGUAUAUAUGGGGAUAUGCUGAGAAGGAAUGGUUCUACUUGAGUAUUUCUCACGAGGGGUAAGAGAAGACUGGGCAGCUAGGUGGUGCCAUAGUGCAUAGAGUACCAGGUCUGGAGUUAGGAAAACUCAACACUAGCUGUGUGUCCUUGGAGAAGUCACUUCUUCCGAUUUGCCUCCGUUUCCUCAUUUGUCAAAUGAGUUGAAGAAGGAAAUGGCAAACCUCUGCAGUAUCUUUGCCAGGAAAACCCUAUACAGGGUCACAUAGAGUUGGACCAGACUAAAGAGCAACAAGAAGGCAGCAAGAACAAGACAAAAAGGGGCCACAGAGCCCUCUGGAAAGAAUGUAGACUAAAGGAAAACCUCACCUUGAACCCUAUCUCUACCUCUUACCAGCUGGAGGAACCAUGGGCGUCGAUCAUUUAACCUUUCUAAGCUUCAAUUUCUUCAUCUGUGAAAAGAGGAUCCAACCACAGUAUCUACCUUAUAAGGCUUUUUGUGGGGUUCAUAUGUGGAAAUGUAUGUAGUAAAGUACUUUGCAACCUUUAAAAUACAA